UUCCUCACACAACCCUCAUAAUAACUAUUCUUCUCUUCACCCUCUCUAAGAAGAAAAAGAAGGAAGUAAUAACGAAAUAAUAAAGAUGUUUUCGAUUCCAGGAACUGGUAUAUUCAACAAUAACCAGAAGAUCAAGGGUACCGUUGUGCUUAUGAGCAAGAAUGUUUUGGACUUUAAUGCUAUAACAUCCGCCGGAAGCAGUGUUUCCGGCGCCGUCAGCGGAAUCUUUGGCACUGUUAGUGAUGUGGCUGGCUCGGUUGUCGAUGGCGCCACCUCCAUCUUCAGCCGUAGCAUCGCCCUCAAGUUGAUCAGUGCUACCAAGACUGAUGGGCAAGGAAAUGGGAAAGUUGGAAAGGAAACUUAUUUGGAGAAACAUCUUCCAACGUUGCCAAAUUUGGGAGCCAAGCAAGAUGCAUUCGAUAUCCAUUUUGACUAUGAUGCUGAUUUCGGGAUUCCGGCUGCAUUCUACAUCAAGAACUAUAUGCAAGUUGAGUUCUUCCUUGUUAGUGUGACUCUUGAAGACAUCCCAAACCAUGGAACCGUUACCUUUGUUUGCAACUCAUGGGUCUACAACUUCAAAAAUUACAAAAAGGACCGCAUCUUCUUUGCUAAUGAUGUUUAUCUUCCAAGUGCAACCCCGGGUGCACUAGUGAAGUACAGAAAUGAAGAACUGGAAAAUUUAAGAGGAGAUGGAACAGGAGAACGCAAGGAAGCAGAUAGAAUCUAUGAUUAUGAUGUCUACAAUGAUUUGGGUAACCCUGAUGUGGAUAACAGCCUUGCUCGCCCCGUUCUUGGAGGAUCUUCCGAAUAUCCUUACCCUCGCAGGGGUAGAACUGGCAGACGCAAGACUAAAAAGGAUCCCAAGAGUGAGGCACCAAGCUCAAGUACUUAUGUUCCAAGAGAUGAAAUCUUUGGUCACUUGAAGUCAUCGGAUUUCCUUACAUAUGGCAUCAAAUCUUUGGCUCAAAAUGUUUUGCCAAGGCUCCAAUCAGUGUUUGGUUUAAACAGUGAGUUUGAUAGCUUCGACGAUGCUCGUUCAUUCUUUGAGGGUGGAAUUUACCUCCCUACUGAUAUCAUCAGCGAUAUCAGCCCCUUGCCAGUUCUUAAGGAAAUCUUCCGUACAGAUGGUGAACAAGCUCUCAAGUUCCCUCCACCUCAUGUCAUCCAAGUUAGUAAGUCUGCAUGGAUGACUGACGAAGAAUUUGCCAGAGAGAUUAUUGCUGGAGUAAAUCCCAAUGUUAUUAAACGCCUUGAGGUGUUUCCACCACAAAGCACACUGGAUCCCUCAAUUUAUGGUGAUCAGACGAGCACAAUUACAAAAGAAAGCCUGGAGACUAACCUAGAAGGACUUACUGUUGAUGAGGCGCUUGAAGGGAACAAAUUAUUCAUCUUAGAUUACCAUGAUGCAUUCAUGCCAUACUUGAGGAAGAUAAACGGGCUUAAGACUUCAAAGGCUUAUGCAACAAGGACAAUCCUGUUCUUGAAAAAUGAUGGAACAUUGACACCAUUGGCCAUUGAAUUAAGUGUGCCACACCCUGGCGGGGACACAUUUGGUGCUGUUAGCAGAGUUGUCUUGCCUGCUAAAGAAGGUGCUGAAGGUACUAUAUGGCUUCUUGCCAAGGCUUAUGUCGUCGUCAAUGACUCAUGUUAUCAUCAACUCAUGAGCCACUGGUUGAAUACUCAUGCUGCAAUGGAGCCAUUUAUCAUUGCAACAUACAGGCAUCUUAGUGUGCUCCAUCCUAUCCACAAGCUUCUAGAACCUCACUACCGCGACACCAUGAAUAUCAAUGGACUUGCAAGACAAUCUCUGAUUAAUGCAGGUGGUAUUAUUGAGCAAUCAUUCUUGCCUGGAGCAUUUUCUGUGGAGAUGUCUUCUAAAGUUUACAAGAAUUGGGUUUUCCCUGACCAAGCUUUGCCUGCUGAUCUUAUUAAGAGGGGAUUGGCAGUUGAGGAUCCAUCGGCUCCCCAUGGCGUUCGCCUCGUGAUCGAGGACUACCCUUAUGCAGUGGAUGGACUGGAGAUAUGGGAUGCAAUCAAGACAUGGGUCCAAGACUAUGUCUCCUUGUACUACGCUUCAGAUAAUGAAGUCACAAAAGACACUGAACUCCAAACAUGGUGGAAGGAAGCUGUAGAGAAGGGUCAUGAAGACCUGAAAGACAAGCCGUGGUGGCCAAAACUGCAAACUCUUGAAGACUUGGUUCAGUCAUGCAGCAUUAUUAUAUGGAUCGGUUCGGCCCUUCACGCAGCUGUUAACUUCGGCCAAUAUCCUUAUGGCGGCUUCAUCCUGAACCGGCCAACAAUUAGCAGAAAAUUCUUACCGGAACUCGAAAGCGAGGAGUAUCAAGAAUUGGUUACAAACCCUCAGAAAGCUUACUUGAGAACAAUUACAGGGAAAUAUGAGGCCCUGGUGGACAUUUCGGUUAUUGAGAUAUUGUCAAGGCAUGCUUCUGAUGAGGUGUAUCUUGGGCAGAGAGACAAUCCAAACUGGACAUCGGAUUCGAAGGCGAUACAAGCCUUCAAGAAAUUUGGAAACAAGUUGGCAGAGAUCGAGGCGAAGAUCGAGCAGAGGAACAAAGAACCAAGCUUUAGAAACAGAAUUGGACCUGCUCAUAUGCCUUACAGUCUUCUCCUUCCUACCAGUGAUGAAGGCCUUACUUUCAGAGGAAUUCCCAACAGUAUCUCUAUCUAAAUUGAGUGCCUGCGUUUUCCUUUGCAGAUUGUUACUCCUGUAAUAACAGAGAUGCAAGUUUGUUUUAUGCAUAUCUUUGUGGUAUUGUCAUGUGCAUGUUAGAUUCCACCUCAACAUUGUGCUUGGAUAUGUAUGUGUCAUCAGUUUGCUCCCUUGUUACUAUGAUGAAUAAUAAUAAUAUUGCACCUUUUAAUAAAA